GAAGGGUGAUUCCCAUUACAGCACUUUAGCUUCAAGAUGGCGGCAUCAUCCCGGCGUGUUCUUUCUGAUGAUUUAAAAAAUGUCGAGUUUGAAACGAGCGAAGAUGUCGAAGUGGUACCUACGUUUGAUUCCAUGGGUCUCAGGGAAGAUCUCAUCAGAGGAAUAUAUGCUUACGGUUUUGAAAAACCAUCUGCAAUUCAGCAGAGAGCAAUUAAACCUGUCAUAAAAGGAAGAGACAUCAUAGGCCAGGCCCAGUCUGGAACAGGUAAAACUGCUACAUUUUCCAUAGGAAUUCUUCAAACAUUGGAUACACAAGUGAGAGAAACACAGGCUUUGGUUCUGUCUCCAACCAGAGAACUUGCUGUCCAGAUUCAGAAGGUUAUUCUGGCUUUGGGUGAUUAUAUGAGUGUACAGUGUCAUGCGUGUAUUGGAGGUACAAACAUUGGUGAAGAUAUCCGCAAGCUAGACUAUGGGCAGCAUGUUGUAUCUGGGACUCCUGGGAGAGUGUUUGACAUGAUCAGAAGAAGAAAUCUCCGAACACGCUCCAUCAAAAUGUUGGUAUUGGAUGAAGCUGAUGAAAUGUUGAACAAAGGUUUCAAGGAACAGAUCUAUGAUGUGUACCGCUACCUGCCCCCUGCUACACAGGUGGUGUUGUUCUCGGCCACUCUGCCUCAUGAGAUCUUAGAGAUGACCAGCAAGUUUAUGACUGACCCCAUCCGCAUCAUUGUUAAACGUGAUGAGUUGACAUUGGAAGGCAUUAAGCAGUUCUUUGUGGCAGUGGAGAGAGAAGAAUGGAAGUUUGAUACACUCUGUGAUUUGUAUGACACACUCACUAUUACACAAGCAGUUAUUUUCUGUAAUACUAAGAGGAAGGUGGACUGGUUGACUGAGAAAAUGAGAGAAGCUAACUUUACAGUGUCCUCUAUGCAUGGUGACAUGCCCCAGAAGGAGAGAGAUGCCAUCAUGAAAGAGUUCAGAUCAGGAGCAAGUCGUGUGCUGAUCACUACUGAUGUGUGGGCCAGAGGUAUUGAUGUGCAGCAAGUGUCCCUGGUUAUUAACUAUGACCUACCAAACAACCGUGAGUUGUACAUCCACAGGAUUGGUCGAUCAGGCAGAUUUGGUAGAAAGGGUGUGGCCAUCAACUUUGUCAAAAAUGAUGACAUUCGAAUCCUUCGUGAUAUUGAACAGUACUAUUCCACCCAGAUUGAUGAAAUGCCGAUGAAUGUGGCUGAUUUGAUCUAAAGAGGACAUUUUAUGGACAGUGCUGUGAAAAACACUUGUACAGAUUGAUAGAUGAAUAGAGACAUUUUAUAAAGUACUUGCAGUACAUUUAUAUUUUUUUUUUGGGAACGAUUGGAAAAAAAGACUUCAUUUACAGAGCAUAAGCAAGGAAUAGUAUAGAAAAUAUGGAAUAAGGUCUUGAUUUAGUUGACUUUCAGUUUUAUGUCAAAGGUGUAUAUAGAUGACUCGAUUAUGACAAAACAAGAAGCUUUGAGGAAACUUUUUACCAGAAGGCUUCUUUUUGUUUUUAUUAGAAUAUUUUAUUUGCCAAAGUUUCUGUAAAAAAAAUAAAGUAGUAGUUUUAAGAUGGGAGAGAAAUGAACUAAACACUGAUACCAGCCGCUGCAAGAAUAAUUUUUUCAAAAGUUUUUCUGAAGGUCAGAAACCACAAGUAAAAUUAUUAUCUGAAAUAUUCUGUAGUAUCAUUUGAUUGUAAAUAAAAUUUUGUACAAUAAAAGGCAAGGAAAGUAUGAGAGAUUUUUACAUUAAA